AAGCACGAGAUGUCCAAAUAAGGAAUCCGGUUGUUUCCUGCGAGGGGAGCGGAGACAGACUCAACCGAAGCCGCGAGCUGGACAGUGGAAGGCGGCUUCAGGGAUGAGCUCGAGUCGGUGAAACCCUCACAAGUCACCCGGAAGACUGUGAAAACUCUUGGAUUUUUUUUUUUUAUUCAAAAAAAAAAAAACAACGAAUUAUUUGAAAACUAUCCCAGCACGUGUUGACGGAUUUUCUGUCAAUUCAUUAAGGAGUAACAAAAAAAAAGGAGCGAUUAAAGUCGUCAUUUUUGUACCAUUUAUCACAACCAACGAACUUCUUUGGGAUUUCAUUACAAACAUUUGAGACAUUUGUGGAUUCCGUGGAGCUACCUUUGGAGUUAUUGCCAUGUCUUUUCCCCCAAAAUAUCGGAAUAAGUAUCCUGCGAAUUACUUCAAGGUGCCUGGAAACCCACUUGAAGUCCUGUGCCGAUUUAUGGAUCUUUAAGGACAAACUCCUUCACAUUGCCUUGCUCUUCAACAAAGGGACCAAUCCGCAUUCUCCUGGUUCCCUUGAAACCAUGUCAAGCAUUGUUUGGCAGCUGGCAAGAUGGCCACUCGGAGUGGCGAUCCUGUACUUCUUUCCUGUGCUAUUGAUGGGGGAGUGGGUUCAUGCAUCUCCUUCAGGGCCGGAGUCCGACUCCUGUUCUACUUUGGUACAAAGCCGCUUCUUUGGCUUCUUCCUGUCCCCGUCGGUAUUCCCCAGCGUGCCUUGCUCCUGGACCCUGCAGAAUCCUGAUCCACGGCGUUACACCGUCUUCAUCAAGGUGACUAAGCCGACAGAGGACUGCGUGCCGUUUCAGCUCCGCACCUUCCAGUACGACUCCUUCCUGCAGACCACACGCACCUACCUGGGACUUGAGAGCUUUGAUGAGGUUGUGAGGCUCUGCGACACCUCUGCCCCCACGGCCUUCUUGGAGGCCGGAAAGCAGUUUGUCCAAAUGAGGAAGGGUCCUCGCCAGAAAGGAGCAACCGGCACGAGUGACCGCGCAGACUUCAAAGUAGAGUACCUGGUCGUCGGAAAACGCAGCCCCAGCAUGGCAGCCUGUCAGAUGCUGUGCCAGUGGCUGGAGGACUGCCUGGCCCCCAGCACGUCCAGCAGGCCCUGCGGCAUCAUGCAGAUGCCGUGUUCAUGUUGGCUGCCGCCACAACAACAGAGUGAGGGCAACAGCUGUUUCCACAAUGGAGUUUACCUGGAUAACUGUUUGAUGAUCGCAGGACGAGAAAGUGGAACAGCUCCUGAAACAAAUGGUAAAGGCCUGCAUGUUUCUCGCAGUCAGUCCCUUCGUUCGCUGGACAGUCGCAAGCGUGAGGAUGUGGACAAGUCCCUCGGUGGACAGCAGAACCCUCAAACAGACUCGGCCUCAGGUGAGGAGUGGUCAGCAUGGAGUGUGUGUUCUGCCACAUGUGGAGAGGGCUGGCAGAGUCGCACUCGUUUCUGUGUCUCCUCCUCCUACAGCACCCAGUGUAGUGGGCCCCUGCAAGAGCAGAGGACUUGCAACCCUGCUGUUUGUCCAGUGGCUGGCGCUUGGGAUGAAUGGUCACCUUGGAGUUUAUGUUCAUCCACCUGUGGUCGAGGUUACAGGUCCCGAACACGGACCUGCACCCCUCCCCAGUUCGGAGGAGAUCCCUGCGAGGGUCCAGAGAAGCAGACCAAAUUCUGUAACAUAGCUGUCUGUCCAGUGGAUGGAGUGUGGAAUGAGUGGUCAAGUUGGAGCUCGUGCUCAGCUUCCUGCUCCAACGGGACCACGCAGAGGACAAGGGAAUGUAAUGGCCCCUCGUACGGAGGUUCAGAAUGCAAAGGAGAGUGGCUGGAGACUGUCGACUGCUUCCUUGGGGAAUGCCCGGUGGAUGGUAGGUGGCAGCCUUGGUCUCUGUGGUCAAGUUGUUCCAAGACCUGUGGUGGGGGGAGCCAGCAGAGGAGCAGAAUAUGUUAUGGACCCUUUUUUGGAGGGCAGACCUGUCCCGCAGAGAAAGAAGAGAUCCGGCACUGUAAUGAAAAAAGAUGCCCCGAACCUCAUGAAAUAUGCGGCGAGGACAACUUUUCCAACGUUGUUUGGAAGAUGACCCCUGCUGGAGAUACAGCAGCAGUGCGAUGUCCUCCCAACGCAAUGGGGCUUAUCCUCCGUCACUGCACCCUGGAUGAGGAUGGCGUUGCAUACUGGGAGAAUCCUACCUACAUGAAGUGCAUUUCCAAUGAUUACCGCAGCAUACAGACUUUGACACGAGAUCAUUUGUCCAAAGCACAGCGAGGCCUGGUGGGAGACGGCGUCUCGGAAGUGAUGACGAAACUGAGGGUGACUUCCAGCGAUGGCACUAGCUACAGCGGCGAUUUGCUGGCCAUCAUAGACGUGCUGAAGAACAUGACUGAAAUCUUCAGGAGGGCGUACUACAGUCCCAGCAGUGCAGACAUGAGGAACUUUGUGCAGUCAGUCAGCAAUCUGCUGAUGGAAGAAAACAGGGAACGAUGGGAAGAAGCACAACUGCUGGGGCCAAACGUCAAAGAGCUGUUCCGCCUGAUUGAGGACUUUGUGGAUGUCAUCGGCCUGAGAAUGAAAGACUUUCAAGACAUGUAUGAAGUGACUGAUAACCUAGUUUUGAGCAUCCACAAGCGUCCAGUGCUGGGUAACGCAGACAUCAGUUUCCCUAUGAAGGGCUGGAGGGGCAUGGUGGAUUGGGCCCGCAACUCGGAGGACAAAGUCACCGUCCCAAAGCACAUCCUGUUGACGGGAAAGCCAGAUUCAGAUGACACCUCGACAUUUGUCACAGGAAUUGUUCUGUACAGAAACCUGGGAAGCCUUCUGAACUUGCAGAGAAACAGCACAGUACUCAACUCCAAGAUCAUAUCGGUCACCAUCAAACCCAGCCCAGCUUCCCUCUCGGCUCCAGUUACAGUUGAAUUCUCUCACUUGUACAACGGCACCACAAACCAGACGUGUAUAUCAUGGGAUGAAAGUGAGAGCUCCUCUCUGCUGGGAUCCUGGUCUGCUCGGGUCUGCAAAGCCGUGCUGGUCGACUCGUUCAGAAGCAAAUGCAUAUGUGACAGACUGUCCACCUUCGCCAUUUUAGCACGGCUUAAUCCCGACAUGAACAUGGAUAAGACACUGCUCCCAUCUGUGACUAUGAUUGUGGGCUGCGGAGUGUCUUCACUGACAUUGUUGCUCCUCAUCAUCAUCUACGUGUCGGUCUGGAGAUACAUCCGGUCUGAACGCUCAGUCAUUCUCAUCAACUUCUGCCUCUCCAUCAUUUCCUCGAAUGCACUUAUUCUAAUUGGACAAACACAGACACGAAAUAAGGUCUUAUGCACCAUGAUUGCUGCAUUUCUUCAUUUCUUUUUCCUGUCGUCAUUCUGCUGGGUCCUGACGGAGGCAUGGCAGUCAUACAUGGCGGUGACAGGCCGGCUGAGGAAUCGGAUCAUACGCAAGCGCUUUCUCUGUCUUGGCUGGGGCCUCCCUGCACUUGUGGUUGCAAUUUCUGUGGGCUUCACCAAGGCAAAGGGUUAUGGAACACCAAGCUACUGCUGGUUGUCUUUGGAAGGAGGUCUUCUCUAUGCAUUUGUUGGACCUGCUGCAACUGUCGUCUUGGUUAACAUGGUUAUUGGGAUUCUCGUUUUUAACAAACUGGUGUCCAAAGACGGCAUUACUGAUAUGAAACUAAAGGAGAGGGCGGGUCAGAUGACAGUGCCACUGUACAAUAUGACGCUCAAAUGUGCCAAGUGUGGAGUUAUCUCGUCGGCUGACGUAUCCACCGCAGCUACCAGUAACGCCAUGGCUUCUCUGUGGAGCUCCUGUGUGGUUUUACCCCUCCUGGCUCUCACGUGGAUGUCAGCCGUCCUCGCCAUCACCGACCGGCGCUCUGCGCUGUUCCAGAUCCUUUUUGCCGUCUUUGACUCUCUGGAAGGCUUCGUCAUUGUCAUGGUGCACUGCAUCUUGCGACGAGAGGUUCAGGAGGCAGUCAAGUGUCGAGUGGUUGAUCGUCAGGAAGACGGCAAUGGGGAUUCAGGUGGAUCUUUCCAGAAUGGCCAUGCUCAGCUUGUGACCGACUUUGAGAAAGAUGUCGAUAUGGCUUGCAGAUCAGGUACCAUGAAGCCCUCGUCCCUCCGCGGAGAGGAAAAGACUUCUUCCGGGGCGCUAACUCUUCAAAAGGGAUCCAACUUCAACACCAUGCCGGCCAGCAUGGCCAAAGUCCACCUCCAGAAUGUGGCGGACUACAGCAGCCACACGCUGACCCUGCGCCGGGAGAAAGGCGCGGCCAAAGGAAUCAGCACCGAGCUGCCAGGGGCCAAGUCCAUCUACAUCUGUGACGGCGAGCUCUUCAAGCAGCUGGAUGGAGAUGGAGAGGGCGGCGGCUACGAAGGCACCGGCAAGCCCUCGGGUUUGGUCCUUUUACCGAGCAACAACACGGGCACCCUCAAGCUGGCCAAGGGCAAAGACGAGCAGGCGACUAAGUACAACAUCGGUGUUGAGAAGCGCCUCAUCCACCUGGCCAACCCUGUCAGCGGCGAGCCCGUGCCCGGCUUUGGACUGAAGAGCCUGCCCGCGGAGCAGGUCAGCGUGUCGUGCUCGGAGAGAGACUCGCCCGCGCACAACCUGCAAAACAUGGCGAGAGACUCGCAUCUGGCCAAUAACUCGUGCGAUGGGGCAGAAUCCGCAAACGCCGUUGGGCCGACCAAGAGUGAGACCGUUUCUACGCUGUCAAUGAGCUCCUUGGAGAGGCGAAAAUCACGCUAUGCAGAGCUUGACUUUGAGAAGAUUAUGCACACCCGGAAACGCCACCAGGACAUGUUUCAGGACCUGAGCAGGAAGAUUCCCAGUGCAGACAAGGAUAGAGAGUCUCCACCUGUUGAUGCCACCAAAAGAUGGAGCCUGUCCUCAGCCGGCAGCGACAAGACCAACAUGAGUGACAAGCAGCAGACUCCGAGCAAGAGGGUGUGGGAAGGCAUCAAAAAGACCCACUCCCCCCCAUCCUGGGUCAGGAAGGACCUGGCGACGGCGACGGCCUCACCUCUGGAGUUGCAGGCAGUGGAGUGGGAGAAGACCAGCGCCACCAUUCCUUUGGUGGGCCAGGAGAUCAUGGACCUGCAGACGGAGGUGUGAGGAUAUUAUAUCCACUUUUUUUUUUUUGGGACAAACACUCGCCACAUGCGCCGGACGGAGUGGGCGGCAAACACGAGGAGGGGGGAAAAAAGGGAGCUUUCAUUUCACGACGUCUUGCAUACCAGACAGUUGGCAAAGUCGGAGGUGUGUUUCAUCCAUGGAGGUGAUGUCUAGUAUGUACGUCAUGGCCGUGAUGUAAUUAGUAUCUUCUCUAAAGUCUGUUCCUCUCCCAUUCCACGCCCGUGUUCGACACGCCUCAACAAAGUUUGUUUUUUUCCCAGGGAGUUUGAAGGAGGCGGACUGCCAAGAACCCACCGCCGUGCUCCUUAAUGCAAUCACGCCGCCUCCAGAUUCUUUGGCUGCGCUGCUUUGUCCUCCCUGGAGACAAGCCAGCGGAAGUCCAAAACAAGAAAAAAAAAAAAAAAAAAGCGCCAAAAUGGCGGGUGGCUAUCUGCAGUAAUUGGGUUUCAGCCUCAAUGACACCCGCCGGGUCCGCACAUCCGAGCAUUUGUGCGUCGUCAGCAUUUAGUGCGCGAGCAGGCGGGCGAUGUUUGAAAGAAGGAUCUAUAAAUACAAACAUUAUGAAGACGGAGUGGCAAAGAAAGCACAAGACUCAUUCGGAGUCCUGAUGUACAGCAUUGUAAUUAUUUGGCAGAGUUCUACGGGAUGGAUUUUAGCCUCUAAAUGUCUUUCAUACCGUGCUUGGGGGGGCGGUCGUCAUGGUCACCACAAAUCUCCCGUCCAAAGGCAAAACCCAGUAACUCAAUUUAGGUCAAAACUGAGCUGAUGAUAAUUUUGGAGAUCCUAGGUGAUACCUGUGGCUCUAGACCAGGGGUGCCCAUUACGUCGAUCGCGAGCUACCAGUCGACCGCGGGGGGUGUGUCAGUCGAUCUCCAGCCAGGCUUUUAAAAAAAAUAGACCAAAAAAUGAGUGAUCAUCAAUCUUCACCAAGACGUCACUUAAAUGACAUUCACGGUACCGGAGGGUCUUGUGAGAUGACGCUGGCUGCUGCAAGAUCAUUAUUAUGAAAAUAUGACCGAGAGGAAGGCGAGAAACACUUUUUAUUUCAACAGACUCUCGCGCCGUACCUUCCGUCAAAACUCUAAAGGCCGACUGCACAUUUCCUAUCUUCACAAUAAAAGCCCUGCUUCAUGCUGCCUGCGCUAAC